AUGGCAGAUCAGAAUGUAAGCAAACUGGGCAUCGCUUCGGCGACUCUCAAAGCCAUGGGCUCAGCUCUCCAACGCUCCGUCACAUCACCAUUCAAAGGCGAAAAUGGGUCCAACACGUACUUCAAAGAUGUCAUGCUUGCCAUGUUCCGAACCAACCUAGGGAACCUCGAUCUUGCGCAAGACCGGUACACGACCGGCGCAUCGUCAACUCCCACAUACAUGCAGCAUGCGGAGAAAUACAAGUUCGUACCUGAUAGCAUCAAGCUACCUAGUGGAACACAGGCACAUUGGCUGGGUGGCGGCUAUGUAACGCCCUGCACUGCAGGUCAUAUGCUGUGGCUCGACGACUUCCAAAAGUCCCUCGGUCCCGAUGUAUCCGCACUCCUCCUCGCAUACGACCUCGCACCCGAGGCAAGGUAUCCCAGCCAGCUGAAGCAAGCAGUCGAGCUACUUGAUUACCUUGUGCAUACAGAAGGCCGUAACCCUUCCGAUCUGAUAUUGGGCGGCGACUCCGCAGGCGGCAAUCUUGUACUUGGCCUGCUCUCGCACCUCGCACACCCACAUCCUGAGAUCGCCCCGUUAUCCAUUCCGUCCAAGAUUCACGCGGUACUGCUCAUUUCGCCGUGGUGCUCUUUGACACAAACCAAUACACCAGCAUUUGUCACAAACGCGCAACGUGAUAUGUUUGACGCGCGAACCCUCUCUCGUUGGGCAUCAGCAUUCCUAGGCUCCGACUCUCCAUUUGCCGGCGAUUUCUACAACGAGCCUGUUCUAGCAGCUCCAGAAUGGUGGGAGCCUGUUGCCGAUGUCGUAGAAGAAGUCUUGAUAUGGGCGGGCGACAACGAAAUCCUAAAGGAUGGCAUCGAGGCAUUUGCGAAGAAAUUCACACAAGGUUUUGGUAGCAAAGGUGGACUAGUUACUACUGUAGUUACACCAAAAGCGUGCCACGACGAGAUGAUCUUCGAACGAAUACUGGGAUACAAGGGUGACUCGGGCACGGGAAGUCAAAAAGUACUCGAAAGCUGGGUCAGGGCAAAGCUGUAA